AUGCGCAGUCCCGAUACCGAGUCGCAUGGGAAUCAGUCACCCGGUAAUGCCCAAGCCGAGGACGAUGUGCACUCACUCGCGGAUAUGGGUCACUCUCAGACCCUAAGUCGCAAGUUUAAUAGCUUGAGCUUGUUCUUCCUGUCCUUCAUCGUUCUUGGAACAUGGAGCACAGCAGGCCAGUCUCUAAGCAGUGCACUCGGCAGUGGUGGGCCGGCGCUCAUUCUUUGGGGUCUCGUUCUGGUGACCAUAUGCAAUGUCUGUGUCGCCGUCUCCCUCGCCGAGCUCUGCAGCAGUAUGCCGACAGCAUUGGGACAAGCAUACUGGGUUUCGCGCCUGUGGCCAGGUAAAUGGGGACGGUUUACAUCGUACCUUUGUGCCUGGAUCAACACGUUUGGCUGGUGGACGUUAUCGGCUUCGCAGUUGGCCUUUAUGACCUCAUUCCUUUUAAGCAUGAAGGUCAAUUACGACCCAGAGUGGGAAGGUGCUGAACUGGGGUGGGUCCAGUUCUUGCUCUACUUCGCCAUGUCUAUAGCUGGCACCCUGGCAAACAUUGGCGCCGGGCGCCGCGACGCGAUCCUCCCGUUCAUCAACAACUUUGUGGGAGUUUGGUUCGUCGCGCUAUUUUUCGUCUUCUCCCUUGCCUUGGUCAUCUCGGUUGGCAAGUCGGAGUUGUUGUCGUUUCAGCCUGCUUCAUUUGUCUUUGCCACAUGGAUUAACCAGGAUGGCUGGAGCGACGGGGUAGCGUUCUUCCUUGGCCUGGUGCAAGCAGCCUUCAGCUUGACGGCGUUUGAUGCGGCGGUGCACAUGGCCGAAGAGAUCCCAGCACCGCGCAAGAACGUACCCCGCAUCCUGUGGUCCAGUGUGGUCUCGGGAGCCGUCACCGGAUUCCUGUUCAUGAUAGUCUGCAUGUAUUGCAUUCAGGAUUUCGAUACAGUCCUCAACGGGCCCACAGGCAUUCCCUUUGUCGAUCUACUGGUGCAAACCGUCGGACUGGACGGCGCGACGGCGCUCCUGGCCCUCUUCAUCUUCAACGGCAUUGGCAUGGCAUUCAGCAUCAUCACCAGCUCCUCGCGGCUCACUUGGGGUCUGGCACGCGAUGGAGGCCUGCCGUGGGGCGAGUACUUUGGUCAUGUGGACGAGACGUGGAGAGUGCCGGUGCGAGCUCUCUGGCUACAAGGCAUUAUUACCGGCCUGGUUGGUAUUCUGUACACGUUCGCCAACACCGUGCUUCAGGCUAUUGUCAGCGUCACCACCAUCGCGCUCACCAUCUCUUACGCGAUCCCGAUCGUGGUCCUACUCGGGGUCGGACGCGACAAGCUGCCGCCGGGUGGCGAGUUCCCACUUGGAAGGUUUGGGCCGGUCAUCAACGUCAUUUCAUUGAUCUACUGCUGCGUCACGACCGUCUUCUUCUUCUUCCCCGCCAGCCCGGACCCGACGGCAGAGGACAUGAACUACGCCAUCGCGGUUUUUGGGGUCAUGAUGGUGAUUGCGCUCGUGCUCUGGGUGAUCGAGGGAAGGCACAAGUAUCUUCGUACGGGACACGCGGAGGAGCGGAUGGAGCAGGCCCGCAGGCUCGAGGUGGAGGUUCUCAACGGGAUUGGGAAGGAAGAGAGCGAGAAGGCCAACGGCAAUGACGGCAAGGAAAAUGGGGCGGCUUCGAAGUAG